AUGUCUUCGCAAGAUAUAAUGGAAAGAAUACAAACAAAAAGAAGCAUAGAAAAAAUCGAGUUUACUAAAACAAAAAAAGGAACUGAAGUAAAAAUCAACGGAACGGCUUUUGAUUUAGAUGCUCUGUUAAAAGCACCAAAAAAAUCCAAAAAAAAGUACAAUGAUGAAAUAACAAACAUGAUUACAGUCAAUGAAGAGGAAGCCGAUAAGAUAAAGGAAAUCAUCAAUAUCAAUUUGGAUAAUACUUCAAAAGAAGAUAUGGGCCGACUAGUCGAACAAUCUUUUAUUUUAUUGGCAAAAAUUUUUUUUGAAACGGCUGUUGAAAGAAUGAGUUUACCUGAUUUGCCAAACAAAAUGAAUCCCGAACAACUAAGUUUAGUUUUGUAUAGUUAUAAAAAUGCUAAAAAAUGGGAAUUUGGAAAGGGCGAUACAAAAUUAACUAUCGAGAAAAUUC